AUGGGCAUCGAUGAUCCGGAAUGCAGAGAGCAAGAACUGAUGAAAAAAUUUGGUUUUGAAGACGAAUAUUCACAGGGUCGAUUGACUCCUUGGAUGCGAAUCAAACCAAAAAUUUGGUCACUCUUUGAUGGUUCUUAUUCAUCGCAACCCGCUAAAGUAAUUGCUGCAGUAUCAGUAUUUUUUAUUGUUAUAAGCAUUAUAUCUUUUUUGUUAAAAACUCAUCCAAAAUUUCGUGUUGGCGAAUACGCUGUUAACGAUACAUCUCAGGACUACAUUAUUGUUAAUAAAACAACUACAGAACCUCACGUUGCUUUCAGUUAUGUAAGUUUCUAA